UCCCUUCGGCGCCGCCUCGUUACAGACAGCGGGAGCGAAAGAGCGAGCGGUGAGAGAACUCCGGGAGAGGGCGGCGAGAUGGUGCAGCGGCUGACAUACCGAAAGCGCCACAGCUACGCCACCAAGUCGAACCAGACUCGCGUCGUCAAGACCCCAGGUGGGAGGCUUGUGUACCAGUACACCAAAAAGCGGGCGAGUGGGCCAAAAUGCCCGGUUACCGGGAAGAAGAUCCAAGGAAUUCCACACCUGAGGCCUACUGAGUACAAGAGGUCCAGAUUGUCAAGGAACCGGAGGACUGUAAACCGUCCUUACGGUGGUGUUCUGUCUGGUCCUGCAGUCAGGGAGAGGAUCAUCAGGGCGUUUUUGGUUGAGGAGCAGAAGAUUGUGAAGAAGGUGCUGAAGAUCCAGAAGACCAAGGAAAAGACCACCAAGAGCUAAACAAUUGUGUGAGAUAGGCGUCGUGGCGAUGUUUUGUUUUUCUUCGAAUUUGUUUUAAGCAAUCAAGAAUUUUUCUUGUCGGAUUUGCAAAAUCCUGAUUCUAGCAUGUGAGGUUGGUGUUGUUCUCUAGAUUUUGCGAGAUGGUUCUCUAUGGAUGCUUAGCCUUUGAUGCAAGAGCUUUUGAACUCCA